UUUUAUUGUUUGACAUUAAAACCGUUUCCCAGCAGCUCUUUGUAACGAUAAACAUGCUUUUUAGCUCUGUAGCACAUUUUGUUAAUAAUCUUCUCGGGUAUGAAACGUUCGAUGUGGUUCCUUGACUAUUAAAAUAAAGAAGCUGAUGUUGUCUCUCCAUCGUUUCCUCUGCAGGUCGGUUGACGUGGCUCGUUUACAUUAUCGGGGCCGUGAUCGGUGGACGGGUGUCGUUCGCCAGCACAGACGAGCAGGACGCCAUGGAUGGAGAGUUAGUCUGUCGGGUGCUCCAGCUCAUGAACCUCACUGACUCUCGGCUCGCUCAGGCCGGCAACGAGAGGCUGGAGCUGGCUAUGCUCAGCUUCUUUGAGCAGUUCAGGAAGAUCUACAUCGGAGACCAGGUGCAGAAAUCAUCAAAGCUUUAUCGACGACUAUCAGAAGUUCUGGGGUUGAAUGACGAGACGAUGGUCCUCAGUGUCUUUAUAGGGAAAAUCAUCACAAACCUGAAGUACUGGGGCCAGUGUGAACCGAUCACCUCCAAGACCCUCCAACUACUGAACGACCUCUCGUUAGGGUACAGCAGCGUGAGGAAGCUGGUGAAACUCAGCGCGGUGCAGUUCAUGUUGAACAACCACACAGUGAGUCUUCUUCUCAUCACCUCUGGUUCUUAAAUACACUCACCGGCCACUUUAUUAGUUACACCUCGCUAGUACCGGGUUGGACCCUUUUGUCUUCAGAACUGCCUUAAUUCUUCGUAGCAGAGAUUCAACAAGGUGUUGGAAACAUUCCUCACACAUUUUGCUCCAUAUUGACAUGAUAGCAUCACGCAGUUGCUGCAGAUUUGUCGGCUGCCCAUCCAUGAUGAGAAUCUCUCUAUCUGUUGGAUUGAGGUGUGGUGGCUGUGGAGGCCGUUGGAGUACAGUGAGCUCGUCAUGUUCAAGAAAGCAGUUUGAGAUGCUUUGAGCUUUGUGACAUGGUGCACUAUCCUGCUGGAGGUAGCAUCAGAAGAUGGUCCACUGUGCUCAUAAAGGGAUGAACACGGUCAGCAACAAUACUCAGGUAGGCCGUGGCGUUUAAACAAUGCUCAAUUGGUACUGAGAGGCCCAAAGUGUGCCGAGAAAAUAUCCCCCCCACCAUUACACCAGCAGCCCGAACCGUCAGCAGUUUUUGAAAUACUCCAACCAGCCCGUCUGUCCCCAACAACCAUGCCACGUUCAAAGUCUCCUGAUGCUCACUUUGAACUUCAGCAAGUCGUCUUCACCACGU